AUGUCAGAACCGUCACGACUGUCGUCGAUCAAACGAUCAUUUCCCAACCAUGCAUCAUCGAUCUCCUCAAAUACAUCAUCUUCAUCAUCACCACCACCAUCGGAUCGUUCAUUUCCACAAUCUUCACAAUCAUUGACAAACCAUUCCGCUUCACCAUCCAAAAUGGUUCAAAGUAUCAGCGAUGCAAUAGUAGUAAAUUUGCCAAGUCAUCAUCAUCAUGAUGAGGAUCACCAGGACGACCAUCAACAACACCAUCACGAACAACAUGACUCUCAAUCAUCAUCAUGGACAUUAUCACCUUCCUCUAGGAAUCGAAGAAAAUCCAAUCAGGAUCAAUAUUCCUCGAUCUCUACCACACCUCCUCAUCAUGAAGAGCCUCUUUCAUGGUCUGGAGAUCAAUCGCCAGCAUCAUCCAUUCAUAGCAGUGUUGUAACAACAACUCGAACAAAUUCAUCGUCACAUUCUAGUUCUAAUAGUAGUAGUAGUAAUAACAACAAUAGCAACAGUAACUAUUAUUCACCACUAUCACAUCACCCUCCUCAUAACACUCUCGGAUCAAGUAGAAGCAUGUCAUCACCUGCAUUGUUUUCCAUGAUGGAUUCGAGAGGAAUGGGAAGUUACAUUAGUCAUUGUUUUGGAAUUUCAUCACGAUCUUUGCAUAAUGAUUCAUUCGAAAUGAUUCCUCUCACUGUUUUGACGUUGUGGAAAUUAGAGGAUUAUGGUGUGACAUCAUCGACGACGACGACGACAAAUCCUCACGGAGGAGUAUCUCCAGCCAAAGAUUUUGAAUCUAACCCAUUCGAGAGUGUUCGAUCGAAUGAAUUUCACACUUUUUUAGAGAGCAGUGACACGACCACGAACGUUCCGAGAUCAACGAAGAGAAGGCCAGAAAUGGUGAGAGGAGACUCUUACAUGUUAAUGUGGUGUCCGUGGUUUAACAUGUAUGAUAAUUUAUUUAUUGAAUUUUGGCUUGUUAAAUUAGAUGAAUCUGUUGUCACAACCUCUAACGCAACACAUACGAGAUCAAAUAAUUUUACUAAUAGUAGUAAUAAUAGUAGCAACAUCAAUUCUUCAAAACACUCCUUUUCUCAAUGCUCUCCAUCACCUUCAAAUGAUGGCUCUAAUAAUAAUAAUUUUCGCUUACUCAAAGUUCGACAACAAGCAAAAGCACUCUCAAAACAACCGAAUGAACGAUUUUUCAGUGGAAAUAUUUGGGGAUAUUCAGUCGUCCUAAACUCGCCGUUGAACCAAACCAAUGAAAGCAUUUUAUCUCAAUACUUGGCAAAUGCAUGUCCAUCUUCGAGUACUCACUUUUUCGGAAAUGAUUUGGAAAAUUUAAUUAUAUGCUUUUUGGACCUACUAAACUUUUCAAAUUCAAGCUUAAUGUUAAAAGGAAUUUCACAAAAAUUACAAAUCUAA